AUGAACAAAACAACAGUAGAUUACGCGCGCACCGGAACCUACGCGUACGCACCUCAGAUCGGUCCUACCGACGGCUGCUCUGCGGCCGUCUCCUACUGGAAAAAGGCCUACGUGAACUUCGGGGAGCUCCCGUCCAAAUACGAGAAAGAAGAGACAGGAGUGUAUGCCCAAAGCCGUAACCGCUCACUUGUGGCCCUUUACAACCCCAAGGAAGGCGCCACAGUCGACUGCGCCUACAUCACUUUCGCUUCCGAUCUUAAAAGUCGGAUGCUGAAGUUCCAUCUGUUGUGUGUUGUUGCGUUUGUGUUCGAGGAGAUUUGGGCGAACAUCAAGGAGGCCAUAGAAAACUCUGCUUCUGCCUCAACCCAGUCUGCUCUCCUUGCUACUGCUUUAUUUCUGCUCACUUCUUUCGUCAUUCUCUAG